GUAGUGUCUAAUCAAAACCUUACCAGAAGCUGCCAUUAGGAUUACCUGGCAACAUUAAUCCUCAAAAAGCAGCCAGCAAAGUCCUACCAGUGACUUCACUGUGGCUGGCUUCGAGGAGGAAUCAGCAUUGGUGUGCACAGGGUCAUGGUGUCAUGCCCAAACGCAAGCCACAGAUACAGACCCAGGAGGUCUGUGUACUGGGAGACUCCUCCAGGUUUAGAUGCUGCCUUUUCAACCAGGCUGCGGCUCCUUCCCCCUCCUCCUUUUGCAAACAGGGGACACGAGAUGUUCUGUUGCUUUGUAGCUGCUUGAAAAGUUGCCUGGGAAGACAAGCGUGUGUCUGCGCAGGGGGCAACCCAAGAGGAGGGUCUGCAGUGAUGAAGCGUGGUGUCUGCCCCGCUAGGUGCGAGCUGGGCAGGUUUGCUAUGACAUAACUCUUUGGAGGAGGGGGGUUGUGGCCGGGGGUGGGGGGGAAAGAGGGAGAGAGAAUUAGAGCCUGCAGCACCCAGCAGUGAUAUCAGACCCAGGAUCUGGCAGCGCUGGGGUAAGCUGCCACCUCUCCACUCCACCUCACACAGCAGCCUGGAACUCCUGCUCAAAGGGGAGAGCAAGCCAGCAUCAACAAUCAUGGCAACGCCAAAUGGGUUUAUUUCUUCAUGACCUCUCUCUUCUCACCAAUAAUUCACCUGAGGGUUGUUUUUUUUUUCCUCACCCUACCCCCCCUUUUCACUCUCUUGUUUGGAUGUGGAGAGGGGGGAGAAAAGGGGGCACCGGGAAGUGUUUAUUUUGUUCGGCAGCUUUUUGUGGCGUGUUUAAAGAGCUCGGGAAAGGACCCGGGUAAAGAAAGACAUCGAACAUAAAGAAAAGGCACAAAGUGGUGGCGGGGAGGGAGGAGGAGAAGAGAAGAAGGAGAGAAAAACCGAGGCAGAGGCAAGAAGCCGGAGGAAAGAGGACUUCAAGCGCGGCGCUGCCGGGAGGUGCGGGUGUGUGCGCGGGUGCACGUGUGUGCCCGUGCGCGGGUGCGUGCGCGGGGUGAGCAGAGCGGCUGCCGCUGCUGCGGGCGCUGCCUCCCGGUGCUGCGCGGCGCGGUGGCCGGCGCGGGACGCGGAGCGGCGGCCGCGGGUGCCGACCAUGGGCUGGCGGCUGCUGCCCGCCGUGCUGCUGGCCCUGGCGCUGGGCGGCCCCGCGGUGUGGGCGCAGAACGACACGGAGCCCAUCGUCCUGGAGGGCAAGUGCCUGGUGGUCUGCGACUCCAACCCGGCCACCGACGCCAAGGGCUCGUCCUCCUCCCCGCUGGGUAUCUCCGUGCGGGCGGCCAACUCCAAGGUCGCCUUCUCGGCCGUGAGGAGCACCAACCACGAGCCCUCCGAGAUGAGCAACAAGACGCGCAUCAUCUACUUCGACCAGAUCCUAGUAAAUGUGGGCAAUUUUUUCACAUUGGAGUCUGUCUUUGUAGCACCAAGAAAAGGAAUUUACAGUUUCAGUUUUCACGUAAUUAAAGUCUAUCAGAGCCAAACAAUUCAGGUUAAUUUGAUGCUAAAUGGAAAGCCAGUCAUUUCUGCUUUUGCUGGGGACAAGGAUGUCACACGUGAAGCUGCCACAAAUGGAGUCCUGCUCUAUCUGGACAAGGAGGAUAAGGUUUACCUGAAACUGGAGAAAGGUAAUCUGGUCGGUGGAUGGCAGUAUUCUACGUUUUCUGGCUUUCUGGUCUUUCCCCUGUAAAGUCAAUUUUCCUGUGAUAUCCAUCCAGAUGUGGACUCAUCAUUGCCCCUGUUACAUGAAGAGCAUUUUAUCAUCAUGGGAUUGAUGUCUCUUUAUUGUUUUUUUUUUUCAUGGGUGAAUAUGGAUUCUCUUUAUGGAUUUUGGCUCCAUCUGAACUACUCAGAAGUUUCACAGAAUUUUGUGUGUUUAAAUACAAUAUAUUUGGAUUGGGACUAAAGCAGACAAUAAAUAUCUAUGCUUAAUGUUACAGUCUAAAGCUGCCUGCAAAAUUUGUUCUGAUUUCAUUUACUGGACUUAUUGGAUUCAUGGGAGAAGUGGAUUUUCUUUAAUUAUGAAAAGACUGGCAACCAGGUCUAUAUUUAGGAGAGUUCAGACUCCAAUCAAGAGUUAGUGUGUUGCUGCCAAAGAACUGUAUAUUGAUAUAUUGGUCAUACAUGUUUUUUGUCAUUGGGACUUAACUGACAUGAUCUAUCCCAUUGUGUUGAGAAAGGUAAUUAUUAUUCAUAAGUGGUUGACUUUAAUUCUCCUCUGUGUGUAGUGUGUUGGAUGAUUCACCAACCAUAUUUAGGCUCUGUCACCUGUCACAAUCAAGUCUAGCCUACAGAAAGCUAAGAUAUUAUGGUUGUAUUUUAGUUGUAAUAAGGUAUUCCUCUUUUCUGUGUUUCCUAAAGAGAAGAGCAGAUUAUAACCAUAAAGAAAAAUAUUCUUACCAGCAUUAGAGGUGGUUAUUGAGGCACAACUUUGCAAAACAGCUUUGCCCUGCAGGAACUCUUGCACCUGUUAUUCAAUUUUAAUCAACAUGAUUGAUAAUAACUGCUUUAUUAAAAACCUAAGGGAUUCCUUCCUUAGACACAACCACUUUAUUAGCUGGAGACGAGAUCCCCUUGUUUGUAAUUAUGUGUAUUUUUCAAACCUGUUGUGUUAAAGGUAUCAUCUGGUUUUGCCUUAACUUCACAACUGUACAUAAUUUUAGAUCAUACGUUUAACAAAUAUUAAAUCCAAAUAGCUGGUACCUAACUUGGGGCAAUAUCUUUUUGGCUUUUUGUACGAGUCAUAUGAAUCCAUAAACUUAUUUAUUCUAUCAUUGUUAUAUAAUAAAGAUUAAUAUAUGUUAGCUGAA